AUGGCUCGGCUACCCUAUCUCGAUUACCACACGCUACAUGCCAAAUCACGUCCUAUCCUCAAUAUCAUAAAACUCCUUUCCCACAGUACAGCAACCGUGGAUCACUGGGCAGAUGUGGGAAACGCCCAAUUCAAACACUUAUUACUCUCAGCCAGAGAUCGUGAACUCAUCAUUUUAUUGACUACUUCCAAGUUCAACUCUACCUACGAAUGGACUCAUCACCUCCCUUUGUCGCUAAAGGCUGGUGUGACUAGAAAGCAGCAGUCUGCCUUGGAGGCAUCUGCCAAGCGAAACGACUACUUCAUUGGCAGGAAAUAUGACCCCGAGGCGGGGUUCAGUGAGAAAGAUCUUGUCCUGCUAUCAUUUGUGGAGACGAUCAUUCAACAGCCCGAGGUCAGUGAUGAGCUGUUCAAGCAUGUCAAGGACAAGUUCUCGGACCGAGAAAUCGUGGAGAUUAUUUCUCUUCAGGGGUUUUACUAUUCCUUUUCGCGCUUGACCACUAUUCUUCAGUGUGAUUUUGAUGAAUGGGCCAAGGCCAAACUUUGA